AUGGCGUUCUCCGACGAUGCACUCAGAGCAAAGCUCUCGACCCUCAAUGAGACUCAGGAUAGCAUCGUCUCUGUCUCACAGUGGAUCACCUUUCAUAAACGACAUGCCGAUCGGAUUGCCAACCUGUGGUUGACCAGACUACGAGACUCAGCUCCUCCCAAACGGCUCAACUUCAUCUAUCUAUGCAACGACAUUGUCCAGAAUGCUCGGGCACGAAAGCGAACUGAGUUCCCAGACGCUUUUGCCCCACUCAUGCCGGAGGCUCUUCAAACUGCCUACAGGUCUUCCACACCAGAGAUUCAGGCUAAGAUCCGACGGGUGCUCGAGGUGUGGAAAACGCGUGUCACUUUCGAGGGCCCCAUCAUUGAGGCCAUCGAGGCCAGGCUAGAGGAGGUUGACAAGACUAAGGGGACCGGCAGCAGCGGAAAGAAAACGCUCAUGGGCAAGUCGCUGUUUGGAUCAUCAAGUGACAAGCCCAUGCCUAAGGAGCUCGAGACGCUUGGACCCUUGCAAACCGCUGUCACGAAGGCGACUAUCGACGCCCGACCCGCCAUAGACGCCGCUCAAAAGGAAUACACGAACCUCAAUGAUCCCGAAGCCGGCCUUCCUACGCCGCCAGUCUAUGCCGCCAGAUUGUCCGGCCUCAUGAAGCAGCUUUCUAACGCCGAGAGCGCAGUGGGCGCCAGUAUCAAAGCGCGACAAGCAUUGCUGACUGACCUGGAAAGAAUCCUCGAAAUCAACAAAUCGGCUCUUUCCAAGGAUGAAGAGACGUUCCUGGAGUUAGGCAGUCGCAAGACGAGCACUGAGGGCAAGAAGCGAGACGUGGAGGAUGCUAUCAUGAAGGGGCUUUCCUCAAACGAGGUCUCUCCAGCGGCUCCCGACCCCAACGGUGGGAGUGCGUCAGGAUUUGUCGAUGACCGGCCAGAAGUGGAAGAGCUCACGCCGGAGCCCGAGGAUCCUCUCGAGGAUGGCGGAGACUUCGGUUACUCGCCCACAGCUCCGACCAGCAACCCGGCCGUAGCAGCAGCUCUGUCAGGCUUUGGCGACACCGACUACACAGGGGUCAAACUGAGGAACGCCAGUAAUAGCAGUCUCAACGGACCGACUGCCAAGCGACGCAAGAUGAGCCAUGGCGAUGAUCAGGUUGUUCCUGAUCUUGGAGGCCUGGGGAUGGAGAACCUGGGCCGCGAGGGGGAGAGUUUGGGGAGUGCUCUAGGAGACCUUGAUGCCGACGUCAAUGAGCUGCUCGAACAGGCCAAGCAGGGAUAA